AUGAAGCUCUUCGUAACAUUAUUCUGGUUCUUCUCGUGCGGUAUUCUUUACGUCAAGGCAAGGGUGGAUGGAAAUGAACAUUUUCGUGGGCUCGGUCCUGUGAACGGCGAUCCCAACGACGAACUCUAUUACGACCAGAAGGCUUAUCUCAAAGCCAUCAGUGUACCGAAGGCUUGGGGCAUCCUGGACUCUACUCCGGAGAGAACGCCAGUGACCAUCGCAGUUAUAGACGAUGGAAUCGAGGCAAGUCACCCUGACUUGAAGGGUACCGUCAUCAAGGGCUACAACGUCGUUGAUAAGAAUGAUGAUACCAGUCCUCAAGGACCGCAUGGAACCAACAUGGCUGGCAUCAUUGGUGCUAUCAGAAAUAACAAGAUCGGUAUUGCGGGUAUUCUCGACGGUGUGCGCAUACUGCCCAUAUCUACGGGUGAAACGUCGGAUGAAAACAAGGACGCUGAUGCUUUCGAGUAUCUCACCCUUAAGAAGACAGGUGAUGUUAAAGUGGUCUUGCUUACGGAUGGGUUCAAAGUACCCGUCCCAUUCCUGAUGCAUAAAAUUCAAGCAGCCGUUGCAGCUGGCAUGCUCGUUGUGAUAGCUGCAGGAAAUGAGCAUCUGGACAUGGACAAGACCAAACGCUAUCCUUGUCCCCCCCCGGGACCACACAGGGAAGGAAUCAUCUGUGUUGCAGCCACAGGUGAUGGCAUGCGGCUUGAGGACGUGAGUAAUUUCGGCUCGGCUGUUGACAUAGCCGCUCCGGGUUAUCUGAUAUUAGACACAGAUCUUGGUGGGUUGUAUUCUGCCGGUACGGGCACUUCGGGUGCAGCCGCCAUCGUGGCAGGUAUAGCUGGGAUGCUCUACAGCCUUGAACCUUCUGCGAAGACUAAGCUGACUCCUGCUUAUAUCAAGAGUAUCAUUAUGGAUACGGCCACCAAAGGUGUCACGGACAGUGAAGGAAAAAAGACUCUCUCCUUCGGCCGCGUGAAUGCUGCGGCGGCUGUUGAGAAGAUACUUGGAAAAGGGACGGUAUAA